UCAAGUGUGCCAACUGUCGUAAAAGCACAUGGAAGAAGAAAAGUAGUGAAGGCGGGCGCUAAUAAAUUAGUGUUGUUAUUUGUUCGCUAUUAUGUAAAUGUUAUGUCGUACAAGAGACAUAUUGAAUUAUUUAUUUCAGGGUAGAACGUCUCAGUCCGCGAGAAUCUUUGCGUUGCUGAGCUAGUCAGUACUGUAAAGCUGAGAAGCGUUUUGUGCUAGUUAGCUUAGCUUGUUAGCUGCUGCGUAAAGUGUUGUGAUUGUGUAAAAAUGUGAGUGUAAAUUGUUGUGAUUGUGUAAAAAUGUGAGUGUAAAGUGUUGUGAUUGUGUGAACAUGUGAGUGUAAAGUGUUGUGAUUGUGUGAAAAUGUGCGAAAGAACGAUAGUAAAGUAUGAGGAGGAACUUUGUCCAACAAAAGAGGAGAAGGAGCGACAACAUCAACUAGUGGACGCUGUUUUCAAGAAACAUCAAGUUGUGUUACACAGAACAGACGUCCAGCAGCCCCCCCACAUUAAAGAGGAAGAGGAGGAAGUGUGGAUCAGUCAGGAGGGAGAGUGUCUUCUAGGGCAGGAGGAGGAUGAUGUCACCAAGUUUCCACUGACUGUUGUCUCUGUGAAGACUGAAGAGCAUGAAGACAAACCACCUGAGUCCUCACAGCUUCAUCACAGUCCAAACGUCUGUGAAGAACAUCUUCUCUCUGAGCAACAGGAGUGGAGCUUCAGGAUGGUGAAGGAGAAGCCACAGCCCUCUUACUUUAAAGAGGAAGACAAGGACCCACUCACCCCCCACUUUAAAGAUGAAGAGGAGGUGCCAGAGACCCCACACUUUAUAAAGAAAGUGAAGGACCCACUGACCCCCAACAUUAAAUGGAACAAGGAGGAACCACUGACCCUCCACUUUAAAAAGGAAGAGGAGGCACCACAGAUCUCCCACAUUAAAGAAGAGGAGGUGGAAUACAACAUCAGUCAGAAGGGAGAUCAUCUUGAAGGACUGGUGGAGUUCCCAGUGACUGGUGUCCCUGUGAAGGGUGAAGAUAAUGAGGUCAAAGGUGAAAGUGAGGAGAAGAGAGAGGCGGAGCCUCCAAGCAGCAGCUCAACACAACACAUGACAACAGAAGCUGAUGGAGACCACUGUGGAGGAUCACAAGCAGACAAGCUCUUAGCUCCACUAUCAGAUAGUGAGGACACAACGUCACACUCUCCUGACACUGAUGAUGAACACUCUAAAGAUGAUAAGACAUGUCACACUGACAACACUCACUUGAAAUGUUCUCACUGUGACAAAACCUUUAAAUACCAAUGUCUUCUGAAAAGACACAUGAGUACACACACCGGAGAAAAACCUUUUACCUGUUCAGUCUGUAGUAAAGGUUUUUUAGAGAGUUGCAAUUUGAAAGUACACAUGAGAACACACACUGGUGAAAAAUCUUUUAUCUGUUCAAUCUGUGGUAAAGGUUUUACUCACAGUCAGAAUUUGAAAGUACACAUGAGAAUACACACUGGUGAAAAACUUUUUUCCUGUUUAACCUGUGGUAAAGGUUUUGCACAAAGUCAGAGUUUGAAAAAACACAUGAAAAUACACAGUGGAGAAAAACCUUAUGUCUGUUCAAUCUGUAGUAAAAGUUUUGCACAAAGAAACCAUUUGGAAGUACACAAGAGAACACACACUGGUGAAAAACCUUUUACCUGCUCAAUCUGUGGUAAAGGUUUUAGAGAAAGUCACAAUAUGAAAACACACAAGAGAACACACACUGGUGAAAAAUCACAUUCCUGUUCAAUCUGCAACAGAAGCUUUUGUCAACGAGCAAACCUUGUAGCACACAUGAGAACACACCCAGGAGAGAAAGUGUUGAGUUGCAGUGUGUGUGGUGAAAGAUUCUCUCAUAAGUACCAGUGUAAGAAACACAAGUGUGCUGGUGAGAACAGCAGCAGCAAAUGAAACUGCAGGAUUUGAAAUAAACUGUCAAGACUUUAAUUUUGACUUUCUAACAACAUCAGCACAUAUAACAUGUUUUUAAUAUGCUUCUACAUUUAUAGAUUAGAUAUUUUUUAUUAGUGCUUUUUUCAGUCAAGUACACGCAAUAAUAUGCAACCUUGUGUACUUUUAUUAGAAAAGAACAGAACAAUUUGACUGAAAAAGUGAGAGUAAACAGUACAAGGAUUUUUUUACACACAAACAUUUUAUGUGUAUAUAUAUUCAUAAUACAAUUUUAGACUUAUUCUUAAGUGUUUUCUAUAGGUGUUUGAAAUAUUGAAGUGUUACGUAUUUUCAUUUCUAAUUGUUAAUGAUCCCAUAGAUUAGCACCUUUUAUAUGAUAUAACUAUUUACUGGUUCACAUCUGAAACAUCUUCUGGACCACUUCAGGAAGCAUAUUAUUAUUUACUUUAAAGAUCAUUUGAACAGUUGUCUUUUAUACAUUUGUAAAAUGCGUGUUUUCAUGAAUCAUUUGUUGGAUCUCUAUAUUCCAUUUUAUUAAUGAUCUUUAUUACUCUCUUUUUUAAUAUGAUUGUGUUGUGAUUGUUUUAUAUGUAUGUCCCCAGACCUUUAUGCAAUAUAAAAGUGAGAGAAAAUGGCUGAAUUGUUUGUGGAAGGAUGGUUUUGUUUUUAAAAAUUUAC